AUGGGCAACCCAAAGAUUCUCGUCGUCCUCACGAGCCACGACGAGCACACCAAGCUCCCUGGAAAGAAGACGGGCUGGUACCUGCCUGAGCUCUCGCACCCCCACGCCGUCCUCUACAAGGACUACGAAAUCGUCACCGCCUCGCCCAAGGGCGGCAAGGCGCCCCUGGACCCCAACUCGGCCGAGGCCUUCGGCUCCGACCCCGAGUCCAAGAACUUCCUCGAGAACCACGCCCACGUCUUCGAGCAGACGCGCCCGCUGAAAGAAUUCCUCGGGCGGUCGGGCGACUUCGCCGCCAUCUUCUACCCGGGCGGCCACGGCCCCAUGUACGACCUCUACUCCGACGCCGACUCCAUCGCCCUCAUCGAAGAGUUCAACCGCGCGGGCAAGCCCCUCGCCGCCGUGUGCCACGGGCCCAUCGUCUUCGCGCAGGCCAAGGGCACCGACGGCCAGCCGCUCGUCAAGGGCAAGCGCGCCACGGGCUUCACCAACAAGGAAGAGGACAUCGUGGAGCUGACGCAGCACAUGCCCGUGCUGCUCGAGGACGAGUUUAAGAAGAAGGGCGCGCUGUGGGAGGCGGCCGAGCCGUGGGCCGAGAGGGUCGUCGUGGAUGGGAACCUCAUCACGGGGCAGAACCCGGCGUCGGCAAAGGGCGUCGGCGAGGAGCUGGCCAAGGCGAUUCGUGCGCAGCAAAAGAUGGAGGACGCUCGCGCCGCCGCACUUGUGGUCGGUAACCCAGAAGUGUUCUUGGGCAGCGACUUCAUUCACGGGAGCAAGAUCAAAGUGCAGCUUUUGUCAAUGAAAUGCCCAGAGGCUCAGCCUGUUGUCGGAUUUCGACUCCUAUUUCCCUUCGAGCCGUCAUUGAGCAAGGGCCAUUGCUACUCGGAGCUCGGAGAGGACUCGCGCCAGUACGCGAUAAUUGUGAAAUUUCCACUGGGCCAAUUUUCUUGGGGCAGUGGCCCCAUCCCGGAGACGAGCCGUGAAAGCAUCAGAAGCCGUCUUUGUGAGGGACAAGACAUCUCGACGCUGAGAGGCGUCAAUUUCACCAUCAAGGAAGACUGUCACAUCAGUGUUGAUGGUUUCGGAAAACCUUUUGUGGGCAGUGAUACCGAGAUAAGCUCUUGGCUCAACCUCAACAGCCCCAUCCACGGCUCAAAAUCGCUUUCCACUCUCUUCUCUUUGAGACGGUUCCAGUUCAUUGUCCCAGAUGAGGACAGCAUGCGGAAGUUUCUCAUAGCCUUCGCUGCCGAGCCAGCCUCUUGGCCGGGUUACCCCUUUGGCAAGGAUCACAAAUUUGAUAUGAAGAGAUACCGGCGCGUCAUUCCAGACAACAAGGGACCGAAGUACGAAGCUCACUGGCGAUUUGACAAUAUCCAAGACCUUGUCACAUGCUUUUCGCAGCCGCACGCCCAGGACGUCUUCUACUUCCAUGAGGACAUUGUCGGGAUUGGAGACGUCGACGUCAAGGCCGCUCUGCUGGAGAUUGAUUCGAGCGAAACCGAAGUAUGGGCCGUGCUUCGUACUCCAGACGAUUUUGACACUGUGAACUUCUACUUCGACAUUUCCUUGCUCAGAUCCUAUCAAGGAGCCGGAUACAGCGGCGCCACGGCCGUGAGGAGUGUUCUGAAGUCGGAUAGCAUUCGUGUCAAGAGUGCUGCCGGCCUGCUCCCCGAAUUGAGUGGCACCGGUCUUCCACAAGGAGUCAGCCGGAGCUCGAUCGCACCAUGGCCAUGGGCCACCUACACCUGGAGCCAAAUGCAGUCUUUCCAGCGGCUUUUGCUGUGCGGCCAGGGCUUCUGGAGUGCCCGGAUUGUCCCAAAUUCCGCGGAGAAGAGCAACGGAGCUCCUGUCGGUGGAUCAUCGCUCGGCUUUCCGCCAAGUGUCGACGUUUUCCAGUCUGUUCCGGCGGAAACACUGGCAUUCAUCCUGGGGAAGCAUCGAGCGACGUCAUCCCCCGAGUUCCGUGAAUUUGUCCGCUGCGCGCAACUCGGCCUCAUGGUAUUUCCUGGCUUCGCCGGAUCUGGAAAGACGACAGCAGCAAGCGUCAUGGUCAACGCGAUGCUCGCUAGCCCUGACAUCAAGCGGAUCUACGUCUCUGCCCCUACUAAUGCUGCUGUAAGCCACAUUUGUCAAAGAAUUCACCAGAUUCGGGUUGAACUUGUGGAAGAAGGAGGCCAAGUGGAUGCCAUCUCGCAGCUUCGUCAAGCGGUGAUCCUCCGGGGCUUCCAGCUCCACAUCGAAGAAGACCAGGUCAUGCAGCGACUGCGGGCACCACAGGGUCAGCAUCGCCCUGGGAUGGCUGGGAGUUUCUGGCAUCCCAGCUCGUGGACACUGGAGAAUUCUCUGGCAUUCUUCACACUCCAAGCCCUGGGUUUUGCGAGUGACGAGAUACCAGACUUGGAUGACAAGUCUAGCCCGCUCUUGCUCAAGCUUCGAGACUCCCUUGCCACGUGCAGUCGAGUUGCCGGUUUGCGCGGGUUGGCAUGCCGCAGCAUUUCUCACGAGGACUAUCUGGACGAGCAACAGUGCGACAAAGAUAGCUUCCAAGAUCUGCUAAGGAAGGUUGCCUCCUGUGCAUCCGUCAUAUGUACUACACCGGAGACUUCGGCGAAUUCCUUCUUCGAGCCACUGAAAAGGACGAGCGAUGUUGUCGUCCUCAACGCAGCGGGAGCUAUGGGUCGGGCGGAUGCGAUCAAUGUCUGGGGCAACGCGUGUCGCCCUUGCAUUAUUGUCGGUGACUGGAAGCAAAUGGGACCGACCCUGCUGUCCUCGCGGGAUACUUUCUUCCUUGAAGACGACUACUGUCAGCCUGGACAGAGCUGCUUGCCGCGUAACAGAUUUUCCCCAGAUGGGGAGGCUUCCAUACUUGAACACGCCAUGAGAAUCGGUCAACCCGUUUGGCAUCUUGACCACCAAUACCGCAUGGCGGUAGGCCAGUUCGAGAUGGCCUUGGAGGUCGUAUACUCGGAGUUCAUCGGCACCUACUCCUGCGACGAGUCAACCGAAUUAGUACACAGGCCCCUCGCCGUCGAAGUGGAUGCAUGGCUGUCAUCUGAGCAUGGAAUUACUUCACCAAAGGGCAAGUCCUACCCAGCGUUCUUUUCGAAGCCUGGAUCCUGCUGGUACCAUCCCCCUUCAGGUUCCAGGUAUAACGAGGAGCAGAACACUUUCGCGUUGAACCUGGUUCGCAGCCUUCACGAAGCCGGCAUUCACAAAAGCAAGAUGAAGGUUGUGACGACGUACAGCGAUAACAAGAGAUACCUGGAGGAUCUGUUCCGCAAAUCGUCGUUUCUUGACGUUGCUUGCCACACAAUCGACUCGUUCAACGGGGGCAUUGGCUGCAUUGUCAUCUUUGUACUCUGUGUCAACCGAGUUUCUGGACCCUGUUUCAUGGACGAUUCGCGUCGCCUAGCCGUCGCAAUGACUCGGCACACCGACCAUCUGAUCGUAGUGGGGGACCUGAAGACACUUUACUCGGACGAGAAGGGGACCAACAGUAAAGGCUCCAUGCUUGCGAUGUUCCAAUGGCUCUCAAGAAACGACCGCGUGGUAGUCGUUGAUGACGAUGCCGGUGGUGAUGAUGCACGAGAAAUGAGGAGGAAGAGAAGAAAGUUCAGAAAGAGCCAGGGCUGGCGGCCAGACGACAGUUCGACAGAUUCGGAUGACGAUUAUCGGCCGAGGUGCAACGAGAGCAACGAGAGCAACGAGAGCAACGAGAGCAACGAGAGCAACGAGAGCAACGACAGCAACGACAGCAACGACAGCAACGACAGCAACGAUAGCAACGACAGCAACGACAGCAACGACAGUAAGGUCAGCAGCAAAUGCCGUCCGAAUAGCUUCCUGUUCCAAUAG